AUGUGCGUGUGCGCGGCCCUCGAGCACCGCCCGCGCGGCGCCGAUUGGGCCGGGGGCGCGCGGCGGGGGAAGCCCUUGGCUAAUCUCCUGCCACUCAGCCCGGUCGACGUCGGCGCCGGGUCCGUACCGCGGCGCGCGGAAGGACAAAUAGUCCCCGCGGCGGCACCGCGCGCCCCUCCACGGCUCGCCUCGCCCCGCCCGGGGCUGCCGGGGCCCGGAGGCCCGGGCAGGCAGGGGGAGGGGCGGCCUCUGCGGCUGCUCGAUCCCCGCUCCCCUCUUCGCGGCCUGAUGAGUGGAUUGAGCUCCCUUGGGAAAAGCCCCGGUAGAAAGCGGGGUGGUAAGGAAGGAUCAACGGAGAUUAUCCCUGGUGCCCCAACCACUUGGCACGUGACUUUUGCCCCUCCAAGUUGUCAUCAUUCUGAAAUUCACCUGGCUGCUGAUCUUCGGGAAGAGAGAGAAUUUGGAACGUUUGAGUCUUUCAGCCACCACCACCUCGUUUUUCUCUCAGAGCUCUACUUGGAGCUAAGAUGGAGAAAGAGCCCUGCCAAAUCUGGGAUCGGAGAUAACUCUUGUUAA